AUGGACUUUUGCUCCUUGCUUACCUGUAUCGUCACUCUCUUGGGUUUUUCAGUCCCGUGUCUGGCAAACAAUAUCACUGUAUAUUCAGCACAACUAGGAGAAACACUGACCAUUGUUUGUCCAUACCGAUACCGUGCAGAUCGAUGGGCAAGAAAGCUAUGGUGCAAAGAGGAUGAAGUUGGUGCUUGCGAGGCUGUUGUCAGUGCUCAUCGCUAUUCUCUGUCUGGGAGCAAAACAUUCGGGAGUACCACAAUCUCUGAUAAUGCAUAUGAAGGCAUGGUUACAAUAAAUAUAACUAACCUGCAAAAAGAUGAUGCUGGUGUAUAUCAGUGCAGGACAGUCAUUUUUGGUGACAUUGGCAUUCUACAGAAGAUCAAAGUGCUAGUGCUUGAAGACAAUCUACCAGGAAAUGUUUCACCUUUGGAUAAAGUCCAGUAUAGUAUUUCUGGGUUACAGUCUGACAAUCAACUCCCUUUGAUGCUGCUCAUUCUUGGAAGCAGCCUUCUGCUUUGCAAAGUACUAGUGAUGGGACUGCUCUACAGCAGCUGGUGGAAAAUCCAGACAGAAAAGUAA